AUGAAUGCCAUGAAAGAUGGCGAAUGGAGGAUCGAGUCUGGAAGAGAUCGAGGACGCUACGAUAAGGAUGACAAACGACCAAUACUUGAACGAAACAAGGAGCCCCAUUACCAACAAAAGUAUCAUAAGUACACGCCCCUCAAUACUAUGAGAGCAAAAGCGUUGCUUAUGGUUGAAAGGAAGGACGUACUCAGAUGGCCAAAACCCACGAGGGUCACUCCCGCCAAGAAGUAUUCGAGCAAGUACUGCAGAUUCCACCGUGAGUGGGGCCAUGAUACCAAGGAAUGCUACCAACUUAAAGACGAGAUCGAGUGGGUGGUUCACCAGGGAUACUUCAAGAAUCAAAUAUCGAAGAAUUACCAGGACAGAGGUCGUCACAGCAAAUCCCUGAGUCAAGAAAGGCGAGCAGAAAAUAGGACCGUUACAGGACAGAAUGCUCGAGAGAACGCGCCUGUGAAAGGUGUUAUACACACAAUAGUGGGAGGAUCAGAGACAGGGUAUUCAAGGAGAGCAAGAAAAAAGAUUGAACGAAAAAUAGGUGCGGUUGCGAGUAGACAGGUUAUGAACAUAUCGCAGGAGUUGGACAUCACAUUUGGUGCUCAAGAGCUGAAAGAAAAAAUCGGGGACGAUAAUGACCCAAUGGUAAUUAAAAUGGACAUAGCUAACUUCACGGUCCAUAAGGUUUUGGUGGACAACGGAAGUUCUGCGGAUAUUAUUCUCAAAGAAGUUUUGAUCAAGAUGGGUCUAGGCGAUGUUAUUAGACCCCGUGAACUCACCAUUGGUUGGCUUCGGAGAAAAUGA